CCCAAAGGGAACAUCGCGUGGAGGUGCAGACAGAUGAAAGCAGAGAGUCCCUUUUUGUUAAGCGAAGCCAGGGGAGAGCCAUAUAGGGUCAUAGAGAGCCAAAAAAGACACAGAAAAUGAGAAUCACAAAAGAAAACCAGCUUUCACACAAACAAACAGCACCGUCGACAAUAAGAAAGUUUUCUUUUCCCCUCGCUCCCUUGAAAAGUUGGAGCUAAAACAGCCAAAAAAACACACCAAGUUGUCUCUCUCUUUUCCUCAUAGAUCCGCGUCUUUGCAAAAGGGUUUUGUUGCUUUAAUGAAGGAGCCGCUUGUGGGAUCCAUGAAGAUUUCUGGGUUGUCCUUGUUUUCCUGUCUGAUGGGGUCUCUUUAGUGAAUCACUUCAUUUCUUGGUUGGUUUGAUCGGUAGUUUGUUUGUGAAGUUAGGGUCUUUCUAGUCUUUAUCGAUUGUUGUAUUCUGCGAUGCAAUCGGAUAGGUCCGAAUCCGCGAGUCCGAUAACCCAACGGGUUCAGUCUUUCCCAUCCACUGAUACGAGAGGGAAGCAUCGGAUACUGGCUGAGCUGAAACGGCUCGAGCAGGAAGUUAGGUUCUUAGAGGAAGAGCUGGAAAAGCUUGAAAAGAUUGAAAAGGCUUCAGCUGAAUGCAAGGAAAUGCUUAGCAAUGUGGAAACAAGACCUGAUCCUUUGCUCCCAAUAACAAAUGGCCCAAUAAAUCAAUUUUGGGAUCGUUGGUUUGAAGGUCCACAAGAUUCAACAGGUUGCAGAUGCUGGAUACUGUGAUGGUUAUUGCUGAUUUGAAGAAUUGAUUUCCACCAUCAGAUAUAGCAGAGACUUCAACUUACAGACUUCAAUCUCUGAACAAAAGUCAUUUUUAAUUAGUCAGUUACAGCUUGAGAUGGAUACUGUCAUUUGGCAAAUGUUUGAUGGAAUACUCCACUGUGCAUAUGAGGAUUUUAUAGCAAAACCUUUUGUUGGCAAAU